AUGCCGCUGCUAGACACGCCGCCCCCCUGGAGCACAGAUGCCACUCACUCAAAGCACAGCGAGGCGAUGGGAGAUGAGCCUUGGAUCUACAAGGGCACCGGAGUCUCGCUGAUUGGAGAAGGUCUAGCCAGCGCAGAUGGCCUUCUUGCCAUGCGGAGGGCCGUGGACCAGCUGGAAAGCUUCUGGCCACAUAUGCCCAGCGACGCGGAUUUGCGCUGGGCUGGUGCCUCCGUGCAAAGUCGCGCUCACUCCGCGUCUCAAGGUGGAACCGUCUUGAUUCCCAUCGCGGACUGCUUCAACCAUUCGCCAUCCAAUGCCAACUGCGAGGUGAUUCAGCACUCAGACGCCAUUGAGGUGGUCACCCAAUACGACAUCGAAGCAGGCGAAGAGCUCCUGAUCUGCUACGGACACUUCUCGAAUGCAGAGCUGCUUUUCAACGCAGGCUUCACGUGCUGGCCCAACGAGCAUGACUGCCUUGUGGUCCUGCCUGCAGAGUUCCUGGCAGCAGUUGAGGAGGAGAGGCAUUCCCAAGGCCGUGGCAGCGCAGACUUGAAGGGCCGACUGAGCUGUUUGAGCGCCCGGCCAGCUUGCCUGAGAGCAGCGAUGCCCUUACUGGGGUGCGGCAUUCCGGCCAAGACCGUGACGCUGCUCUCCGGUUUGCUCUUGGAUGAGGAGCGCUGGCAGCAGUUGAUGGAGAACGGAGGUCCCGGAAGCCUCCACGACGCCUGGGCUGAGGCUGGCGAGCUGCAAGCUGAAGCGCUGGCGGUGGUGCUCCGGGCCCUGAAAGGCAUUGCGAUCUCGCGCUACCAGACUCCCUUGGAGUGUGACGAGAAGGCAGACUCAGCCAAGCACGUGAGAAGUCUUUGCGGAUCGGAAAGGCUGUGCGCCGCCUCAAUGCGCUGCGAGUGCGACUGGCCGAACGCCGAACGCUGCAACGCUUGCAAGCUGCUGUUCAAGCUCGACAGGCGGCUAAGCAAUCCGAUUGCGCGCAAUUCCGAAGAUUUCGGGACUCAGCCUGCUGAUAUGGAGGACAUGGGCUCUGCGGGAGACAGGCUCAGAGCCUGA